GCAGUUUAUAAACUAGCCAUUUUUUUUAUAUGUGUAUAUUUAUUCCGAUACAUGUCAAACACACCCCGUUCAUUCUGAGCUGUACUGAAUGAGGAAAAUAAGUCAUAAAUCCUGAACCAUGGGAACCUGAAACCUCUUAGAGGACCCCUGGGUGUUUCUGGUUGGGAUUUGGAACCACUACACCAUAUCAGCACAAACGUUCAAGAAGUGAUCCCAAAAUAUAACAGCAACAUGAGCCAAAACGUAAUUCAUCUCUCUCAUAUGAUUUAUAUAUUCAUGAUAUCAGCUAGUGUCAGGGAGGUUAUCACUGGAGAUUAUAGGUUCCAUCUAAAUGGCACAAACAGCACAUAUGAGCCUGGUCUGUAUCAGUGUCCUCUAAAAUGUCCCAGCGUGAGAACUAGAAAAGAAAUGUUGGUCUAUUGCCAUGGGACCAAUUUAUUAAAUCGUACUGCUUCUAUUUAUGAUAAUAGGGCAUCAUAAUAAUAGGCUAUGAUCCAGUCCAGGAUCUGAAAAACAGGGACAUACUGAACUGGAUUUCUUAACAUGUGAUGAAUACGUGCGCAAUUGGAUGGUGAAAGCAAACUGUCUGACACACUAACAGGACGGCAGAGACAGAUGGCCACAGCAGAGGAGCACAAAGAGUUAAGUGAGAUGGAAAGCUCAGCCAAUAAAGGCCAACCCAUCUCUGUAGACAACAGUCCAAAGAAGUGUUAAAGGAGGAGAUUUCAUCCACAGUGCUCCCCUCUUCUCUCCCCUCAUGACAGUCUGACUCCUACAUGGUCCCUCCAACCUGACCAAUGAUGUCCACUGAGCCUCGAGGGGAAGCCUGGAGAGAGGAGACAGUUUUCAAGGAUCAUGUCUGGAUGUCAGAAUACCUCAAAGCUGAAGAAGAUACUAAAAGGCAGUUCUUGAACAAAAGCACAAGGAGCACAGAUUGGACACCAGAGAAGAGGAGUCCCUAACUUUGAGUUCCUGUAACGCAACCCGAGGAGGAUGAGAUGAUCUGAUAUUGAGUAAAGUCCAGUUGAAAAGACGUCAUGUUGUCUGCACAGGGAACUGGUGUGUUGGCUCUUUUCCACAGUGUCAUAAUAGUGACUGCACUGAUAGAUUCUGAUGACGUCAUCACCAGAGAUGAGCAGAUCUAUGUCUUGAUUGGUGCUCACGCCAAGUGUGAGAGGAACAUCCAGGCACAAGUGUCCCUGCUUAAAGAAGGCGACUGUAUCCCAGAGUGGGACGGGAUCAUCUGCUGGCCGCGGAGCAGAGCGGGUCAGCUGGUGUCAGUGCUGUGUCCAGAGUACAUCUACGACUUCAACCACAGAGGGCGAGCCUACCGUCACUGUGACGUGUCAGGGAACUGGGUGCAGGUGCCAAGUAUCAACCGCACUUGGGCUAACUACACUGAGUGCACCACAUACUUGACCUCCAACCACAGGAGCCAAGAGGAGAAGGUGUUUGAGAGACUCCACCUCAUGUACACUGUGGGCUACUCCAUUUCUCUAGCGUCGCUGCUGGUGGCCGUCUCCAUCCUCUGCUAUUUCAAGCGUCUCCACUGCACACGCAACUACAUCCACAUUCACCUCUUCACCUCCUUCAUAUGUCGAGCAGUCAGCAUUUUUGUGAAGGACGCUGUGCUCUACUCCAUAACUGAUGACAGAGAGGCUGAGCCUGAGUUCACUGCACAGAAGCCGCACAUGGCCGGCUGUAAAGUUGCUGUUACUCUCUUCUUUUAUUUCCUGGCCACCAAUCACUACUGGAUCCUUGUGGAGGGGUUGUACCUACACAGCCUCAUCUUCAUGGCCUUCCUCUCUGACAAAAACUACCUGUGGGCCCUCACCAUCAUCGGCUGGGGUGUUCCAGCUGUGUUUGUGUCGGUCUGGGUCAGUGCUCGAGCAUCGCUGGCAGACACACAGUGUUGGGACCUCAGUGCAGGAAACCUGAAGUGGAUCUAUCAAGUUCCCAUUCUGGCAGCCAUUGUUGUGAACUUCCUCCUCUUCGUCAACAUAAUACGUGUACUGGCCUCCAAACUGUGGGAAACAAACACUGGUAAAUUGGACCCUCGGCAGCAGUAUCGGAAGCUGCUCAAGUCCACAUUAGUGCUCAUGCCCUUGUUUGGAGUUCACUACAUGGUGUUCAUGGCUCUUCCCUACACUGAGGUCACAGGGCUGCUGUGGCAGGUGCAAAUGCAUUAUGAGAUGUUCUUCAAUUCGUCACAGGGCUUUUUUGUGGCAUUUAUCUACUGUUUCUGCAAUGGAGAGGUGCAGGCAGAGCUAAAGAAGGCGUGGUUAAGACGCAGCCUUGCGCUGGACCUCAAACAAAAAGCCAGGAUGACCAGCAGCGGCGGCGGAGGCAGCUGUUACUAUGGCGGCAUGAUGUCACACACCACCACCCACAGCGUCAGCUUGUCUAGUGCCAAUUCCAGAGCUCUUUCCCUCACUGGAGGUGUGGUGGGUUCUGGUGGUGCUGCCGGUGGAGGGUCAGGGGUCAGGCUGCCGCGCCACGGUUCUCUUCACUCGCAAACCAACCUGCCUGGAUACGUGCCCGGUGACACUGAGACCUCCGGAGUUUUUGUCAGGCACACCAGAGCCAGCAAAGUAAAUCAUGAGACCAGAAGUCAUGGAGCAUCUCCAGCCCAAACCCCUGGAGAAGAAGACAGUCGCUUAUCGCUGAAAGAGCUGGAGACUAUCUUGUGAUUGUUUCCGUGAAUUGACAGAUGAGCAUAUAUGAGGUACUGGACUCAAGGCAGAUGACAGUGAAGGAUUUUUCCGACUACCCCCUAAAUAGAGUGGUCGAGACUGAGGACCUUCAAAAGUAGACAUUUCAAGGAUUUACUGAGAUUAUUUUGUCAACUUUUUCCAGGGUCAGGACAAAACUUUAAGUCUCAACCGAUGGAUUUCUUGUGGAUCUAUUUAAUUUUUAGCUGUGCACGUAAAUUGUACAUUAAUUGUUAUAUGUUUUCAUUCGAUGUGAAAGAUAGAGUUAAGUUAGAUGAUCUGUGAAGAUGUGAUGCUGCAGAGAAUUUAGAGGAGUCAACGGACCGACCUGAAUGUUUAAACAGUGAGACGUUUUCUGUGAUUCAUCUCCCUCUCCACAUCUUUCCUGUGUUUGAUUUUCCAGGCCAGUCUGGCUGACCCCAGUUCAAACUGCACUUACGCAUGUGUCUGUGUGUGUCUGAGUGGCUGCUGUCUAUGAAUAUGCUGCAGCAAUCCUCCCUUUUCCAAAUACUGACCUCCAUACACAUCAGCCACACCUUUAUGAUGUAGGAUGCAGAAGCUGAUAGUUUAUCAAGCUAACUGUCCAUAUAUGAUUAUUUUUAACAGUCAGUAUUGUCCAGACAGCGUGUCUAGACAGGUCACGUCUCUUUGCAGCUUUGUCGUCCAUGUUGUCUACACAGCCUUAUUUAUCAGUCUGACAGGACCCUGAGGGCUGAUGCACAAACCUUUUGCCCCUCGCAGGCCAAACCCCAACCCCUGCCUCCGUGUAACCUCUGCCCCGAUCGCCCUCACAACACCACCCAGAAUUUCACACACACCCCUCAGGCCUCAGCUCAGAGCCGGAGGCACCUGAGCUGUUUGUAGACCUCGAGCAUAAGUGACAAACCUGCAGCACAAGCCACCAGUAUUCACAAGGUAAACAGACAGGAAGUUGUACCUGUAAUUAUUUUAGGACUGAUAAGGUGUCCAGAGAUGGAGACAACUGUUCUGUGUUUAUAGGACUUGUACAGUGUAAGAUAACUCUGAUAAUUUAAUAAGUGUUUGGGAGUUUAAAUAAAGGGAAUUAAAUUAAAUUGAAUUAAACUUUAAGGUUUUGUUAUUUCAGGGCAAAACUAAAGUCGAUGCACUCAUACUGGUACGACUGGAAUAAAAAAAAAUCCCUCAUUCUAUCGAAAAUACAAAAGCUAUUUCCAAACACAAACGCACACUAACUUCCCAAGCAGUUAUCUUCUUUUGUUAUUUUUUUUUAUUCCUUUAUUUGAUGUUUGUUUAACCAGGUAAGUCCCACUGACACUGGAAACCUCUUUCGCAGAGAAGACCUGGGUAUGAUAGUGGAAUAAAACUUGCAAAGAGAGAAUGGAGUCAUUUAUUAUAGAGUUUACAAUGGUCUCGACUUCUGCCAGAGAUAUCAGAUUCAUCAGUUUAAUUUCCUUUUGCAGAUUAUUCCAAGUGGGUAGAGCAGAGGACAUGACGGCUCUCUGUCCCUACAGUUUGAGCAGACUGACACUGAUGGAAGCCAGCAGCAAGGAGCAUAAAGUUCAUGGUCCAACGUGACAGACUAUAGUUGAAGAUAUUAGAGCUCAGCUUGUCAACAUGAAGCAUCCACACAUAUGGAGCACCACACACAGAUAUGCAUGACUGAUCGCUCCCCCCACCAGGACAAAUAAAUCCUACAACCCCCACCCAGCAACGUAUGGCGGCAACCAGCUGUCAGUUCAUUAGAGAGGAAAGGUUGGGGUUCAAAGCAUCACACUUUACACUUGAAUCAGUUCAGCCAGCUCCAGAUAUGUGACAUCCACCUCUGUUGGCAGGAGGAGGAAAAAGAAGAGGAGGGAGGAGAGCGAAGGGGAGGCUGAUCGGAAAUUACAGCAGGAGGAAAUGACCCAGCAUGAUGACUGUGGUGGUGCCGCUGGAGGUGAUGAUAUCACUCUCAUUGUACUGUAAACGGCUGUUAUCGAGGAAGAUAUUAAACUUUGAGUCACAAUGUGUGAUCACAAUGCUUACAAGUACAAGACGGUCUCUGACAGAUUCACACAAUGCUUGUAUAAUAUAGGCGCAUUGUCCAUGAAAGAUAAAGCCUAUAUUGAAAUAGAUAAUUGUCAAACAUAAUGACAAGUUUAAAAUAGUGCAAUAAAUGGAAGGUCUCUGCACUUCUUAGACUUCUUAUAUGAACUCAUUGUCAUGUUCAAGACACCAGUUGGAGAUAGUUUGAGCUUUGUCACAUGGUGCGUUAUCCUGCUGGUGUUUAAACGAUGCUCAGUUGGUACUCAGGGGCCCAAAGUGUGCCAAGAAAAAAAUCAAAGUUAUUAUCAAAGUCACUUAAAUCAAUUUCUUCCCCAUUCUUGGUUUGAACUUCAGCAGGUCCUCUUGACCAUGUCUACAAGCCUAAAUGCAUUGAGUUGCUCCCACGUCAUUGGCUGAUUGGCUAUUUGCUUGAAUGAGCAGUUGAACAGGUGUACCUAAUAAAGUGGCUGGUGAGUGUAUAUUUAAUUGCAUAAUACUGGAGUCCUUACAUGCACUAUUAGAAAUGUUAAAGCCGUGUUGUAACG